UGUUGGAGACCACGAUGACCCAGCUGCUGCAGAGAAGGAUGUCAGCAGAGCAAACCAUUAAGGACCUGGAGGCCUUGUACACAGAGACAAUGAAGUCUACUGCAGCCUUCAGGAGCAGAAUCUCUGACAAGUACAGCAGGAUUCGAGGUCUGAUUGAGGAAGACGAGAGCCUGAUGGUAAAGAUGGUGGACUCAGAAGAGGUGUUCAUCUCAGAAUGGCUGGAGGCCCAGAGGCAGGUCUUGGAGGAACAGAUCAAGGAGACCGACAGUCUGAGAAGCACCAGCAAGUCUCUGAUCCAAGAAACAAAUGACUUGAUCUUUCUGCAGCGGAUCACAGCACAUGGGCUUGGGAGAACUCUGGACCUGCCGCCCCUCAGGGAGAUGGAGAAGCAGAUCUGCAGCCCUGAGAAGCUGAGGACCAUCGAGCGCCUGGUGGAUGACCUGACCUUGGCCUUGUCUCAGCACUUCCCCAGGAUGUGGUCAUAUCUUAGAGCGCUCACCCUGGACCCCAGCACUGCCCACCCCCAGCUUCUGGUGUCCCAGGACAGGCAGCAAGUCCGCUGGGGAACCCAACCCAGCGCUGGGGCCCCGGGCUCUGGACGCCUGGACGCCCAGUACAGCAUCCUGGCCCGGGAGUCCUUCUCUACUGGCCGGCACUACUGGGAAGUGCUGGUCCAGGAGAAGCCCUUCUGGCUGAUCGGUACAACCACCGGGGAGACUGGUUUCCAAGAGGGAGGCCCCACCAAGGGGCUCGCAGACCAGAAGAAGGCGUCCUGGUGCGUCUACCAUGGAGAUGGGCAGUACCUGGCAUGCCACGAUGCCCAGGAGACCCUGCUGUCUGUGGGGAGUAGGGUUGUCAAGCUGGGCAUGAUGGCUGACCUCCAGCAGGGGGCGCUGUCGUUCUAUGAUGCCGACACGCUGACAUUGCUGCAUCGGUUCCGCGUGCCCUGCCUGGAGCCCCUCUACCCCAUGUUCAACCCUUGUAUCAACAUGAACAACCUGAACACACAGCCCCUCACACUGUUUUGUCUCAGAGAUGCUGAUAGGUCGAGGAGCGUGGGGGGAGGAGCUGCAGGAACAUCACAGUCACCAUCUUAGGACUGUCGCCUGAUACUACAUAAUGGAGAUCAUUAACAACAUGUAUUGUGUGUAUUGUCCAAAGAUGGGAAGUAACCAAGUACAAAUACUUUGUUACUGUACUUAAGUAUAUUUUUCUGGUUUCAGAACUUUUCUUCACUAUUUACUUUUCUGACGUUACAUUUUCAAGCCAGACUUGUUACUUUAGUUUUAAUCUGUAUUUGGUGGCAUGAUCAAUAUUAUUUGUUGUCGUUUCAUACCCUUUUCAU